AUGCACCCUCCCACUUUUGAUGGUCGUGGCGACGCGACCUUAGCUGAGGACUGGAUCCAGGAUAUUGAGGAGGUACUCUGUGUCUUGAAUUGUACUGACAGACGAAAAGUAUUGUACUCCACCUUCAAAUUGACUGGUGAGGCUAAGCGAUGGUGGAUAUCAGAGAGAACCAUCAGGGAAGCUGAUGGGAGGGGAGUGGUUAGCUGGCCCCACUUCAAGCAGAUUUUCUUUGACCGUUUCUUCCCAAGAUCGAUUAGGGAUGCUAGGGCCAAGGGCUUUGCCGAUUUAGUACAGGAUACUAUGACGUUACACCAGUAUGCUGCCAGAUAUAUUGAACUUUCAUGCUUUGCCUUAUAUCUGAUACCCGAUGAGGAGAAGAAGACUCGAAAAUUUGAGGAGGGAUUAAAUAACCAGAUUUAUGAGCGAGUGGUGGCCCUUCAGAUCUAG